GUCGUAAAUACGAAACCCGAUCCGCGAAGUCUGGUCUUUUGUGCAGCUUUUCGUAGACCGAAGUUGUCUCGAGAUCGAGAGGGAAAGGUGUUUCAGCGACCCGUGUGAAUUUUAACGGAAUAAAGAAACGGAAAUAGCAAUGUACACGCGACACAUGGACAACGUGGGAAUGCGUGUAUGUGGAAGACUGGCAAUAAAAGACACAAGUUCAUAAAUAGACAACGAAUGCUUCCUCUCCAAGCCAGUGGAAUAAACCGGUAGUUUUCGCCUGCUUUGUGUUUGGUAAAGGUGAUGUUGCGACUUAAUGCCUGAAACCGGUGUGAAAUCAUAAAGCCCUCGUGUAAAAAAUGGUGAGAGGGCUUCUUGAAACUUAUGGAAGGAGACACAGCUGCCAGCACAGACUGCUCUAGAUGACCUGAAUGAUGGGAAUGAUUAUAAAACACAUAGCGACAAUGAACCAGUCACAUUGACCGAUCAGUCGCACGCCCCCCUUCCUCGCGCUGCUGCCCGUCAGCAUGCUGCGAAUACUUUCGCUCAAAUUUGGCCGUGUGUACCGGUGCGGCAAGUUCCUCUUCAUUGUAGCGCUUUGCGUUAUCCUGCUGAUGAACACUCACAACCUUUUUGCCUCCUUUCAGAGGAAUGAGCUCACCGAUCGCCGGUUCAUCGGCCUAAACAAGUGUCCGGCGUGUUUCGGCACCAGCUGGUGUCGUAAGUUCAUGAACGGCCAGGUGACCUUCGAAACGUGGGGUCGUCUGCGCUUUCUAGACUUUUUUAACGUAAAGAACGUUUAUUUUGCCCAGUACGGAGAGCCCAGGGAAGGAACCCGCAGGGUCGUGCUCAAACGCCUGGGCUCUAACCAAGAGCUGGCAGAGAUCGAUCAGAAAAUAUGCAAAAGGGCCACAGGAAGACCCCGUUGUGAUCUUAUUCAGGCCAUGUACAAAACUGAGUUUUCCCGACUGAAUGGGGAUGUGAGGCUGCUGACCCCAGAGGUCGUGGAGGGGUGGUCAGAUCUCGUCCACUGUCCGUCCCAAAGGCUUUUAGACCGGGUGGUCAGGAGAUACGCAGAAACAAAGGACUCUGGAAGCUUCCUGCUGAAGAACCUUAAGGAUACGGAGCGGAUGCAGCUGCUUAUGACUUUGGCCUUCAACCCAGAGCCUCUUGUGUUGCAGAGUUUUCCCUCCGACGAGGGCUGGCCGUUCGCCAAAUACCUGGGGGCCUGUGGUCGGAUGGUGGCGGUGAAUUAUGUGGGCGAGGAGCUGUGGAGUUUCUACAAUGCACCCUGGGAAAAAAGAGUGGACCUGGCCAAGCAGCUGAUGGACAUCGCUGAGCAGCUGACCAAUAACGACUUUGACUUUGCCCUUUAUCUGCUGGACGUCACGUUCGACAACUUUGCAGUCGGGCCUCGUGACGGGAAAGUCAUCGUGGUCGACGCAGAGAACGUCAUAGUGGCGGACAAGAGAUUAAUAAAACAGAAUAAACCAGAGAACUAUGACAUUUGGUACGAGAGCCGCUAUGAGGAAUGCGACAAAGAAGCCUGUCUUUCCUUUUCCAAGGACAUCCUCUGCUCCCGAGUCACAGUGGACCACAACUACUACGCUGUCUGUCAGAACCUGCUCUCAAGAUUUGCCACCUGGCGAGGGUCCACAGGCGGUCUUCUCCACGACCCCCCUGAUGACGUGGUCAAAGAUGGCCGCCUCAUAGCCUUGCUGGAUGAGUGCACCAGACCUCAGAAACAAUACGGCCGAUUCCAGGCAGCUAAAGAACUCCGGGAGUAUCUGACACAACUCACACAGCUGAGCAGUACUAACAGGUAGUGUCAAGAGCAGGGGACGAGCUCCCCACCCUUGAUAAAUAAACAACAGUAGUACAAGGAUUGGUGGACCUGCGAGGGUAAGAAUUCGCUCUCGGUUGACGUAUAUCAAUCACACCUUUUCUGGUUCUGUCCAAAAGGAGUUUGCACAUGAACAUGGAUCAUUAUCUGGAGCAUUAUCUGUCUAUCUGUGUGUGCUGCCAAAUCCAGCUUAAGCUGGUAGGCGUGUUUUAGAUCAUACUGGUUUCCAGCUGGUCAAAUCUGUUGGUUAGUCACUGGCUGUUCCCAAAAUCUGUUGACCACCUGAUGCUGCUUAGACCAGUUCAGACCAGCUACUACUGUAUGUUCAUUACCACUGCUACCAGUUUAGUCUGAGAUUUUCAGCAAGGCUUUGUGUACGUGUGAGCGGAUUGUAAUAUCUGAUGCUUCAGUAAACCCCUCUGGCAUUGUGGAUUUGGAUCCUACAGUGCAGUUUCUAUUUAAUUUAUAAUGGUGAGUGCACCAUAAGCAGGGGUCAUUACUGGAAUGACACAGGAAGCUAAUUUUCUGUUUUUAUUCUUGGCUAAAUUGUAUUUCUAAGCUCUAUAUUGAAUUAACCACCUGGUUCCUUUGCUACGGGAACCUUAGUCUUGUCUUAACUGAAUUUAAAGGCCUGCUUGGCCAAAUUAUGCCUCUGAUUGAAGGGAAAUUUGAUCAAGUCUUUCCUCUUACAAUGAACCUGCUCGGUGAGACUUUGAUGCUUUAUGUUAAAAAUGGCAAUCAGUUUCAGUGGAUUCAUUUGAAACAAAGACGAAAAAGGAUUUUAAACAAUAAAGUAUGCAAGUAACAAUGCCAAAGAGAAAUAAAAUCGUUGUUUGGUUUAUAUUGUUUCUUUAGCAACGCUUCAACCAGGAUCAUUUAAAAGGGAAAUUCUAUUAAAGCUCUUAUGUUUCAUGUUUUUGUCAACGAAAUAAACUUCUGUUUUUUGUACCUUCCUGUUUUCGGACCAAUGCAGUUACCAAGUCAUCUUGUGACAACAACCAUGUGAUACAGUUCCCUUCACUUGCACUGUACUUUUGCAUUAAGUUUACAGACAAGUUGCACUACAUUAUCAUGAUCAUUAUUACCCAUCAUCCUUGCUUUUUGUCCUCUUAUUGAUUAUUUGUGUGCAUAUUUUAAUGUUUAUUUUGUCAAAUUUACGUUUUUAUUGAGCAAUAUUGGGAGUCAAUAUUGGAGUGUAAUGAAUUUUGCUUUUAAAUAUCAUUUUUGUAUGUGUAGUCAUGCAUGGUUGAAGAUGUUCCUAUCUUCCACCUUCACCACAACUUCAGAAUCCUCAGUUCGUGUUAAAAUGAUUUAUUUGUUUAUGGUCUGUAAAACAAAUCUGUUUGCUCUCUGUACGUGUUUGUUUUAAGACUGCGGAAACGUCUGGUCUUACUGUGCCUUCAUUCAAAGUUGUAUUUUCAACUGAAAAGUAUAUUAAAGUAUAUCUAUACUUACUGUACCCAGGCUGAUUUUUAUUUUUAAAUCAGUAAAAUUUGUCAUAUUAAAAA